AUGACGCCCGAAGUUCAUCCACGGUUGCGCAACCAACACAGUGCCCAAACUCAACUCAUCCACGGCAGCGCAACCAACACGGUGCCGGCGGGCUUUUAUUCCGCCGGCGCGAUUAAGCCGUCACUUUCUCAGCCCAAAUGGAAGCGGAUCGACGAUCCGCCAUCCAGAUUCGGUGAAACUCACUCGAUCGUGGUGACGGCGUGGCGAUCAAUCGUUCAACACGGUAUCGUGUCGAAACGCGUGAAGAGCAUGACGCCCGAAGUUCAUCCACGGUUGCGCAACCAACACAGUGCCCAAACUCAACUCAUCCACGGCAGCGCAACCAACACGGUGCCGGCGGGCUUUUAUUCCGCCGGCGCGAUUAAGCCGUCACUUUCUCAGCCCAAAUGGAAGCGGAUCGACGAUCCGCCAUCCAGAUUCGGUGAAACUCACUCGAUCGUGGUGACGGCGUGGCGAUCAAUCGUUCAACACGGUAUCGGU